GGGGAGAAAUUUGGGUCACUGUUGAUUUUUUUAGCAUGCCAGGUAACGUUCUGUUGAUUCUGGGUAUUUCCAGGUAACUUUCUGGUGAUUUGGGGGCAAGUCUUCUUGCACUUUAAAAUGUCAUGUCUUUAUGAUGCUGCAUUACUAUUUCAUGACUCUGAAGUGUAUCAAAGCAUGUGACCAUACAAACCAUCCAAAAAGAAAUCUGAUAUGGUGCAGCUGUUCAAAUAUUCAUCCAUACAUUUGGGGAGCAACCUCAAGACAUUUAUAGUACUUCUUAGACAUUUUUCAAAUAUAGACAUGCUGUUAGAUGUUCAUGUUACCAGUUUUUCAACUUAGUUCUCUUAAAUUUUACAUGAUUACAUCCCAUCAUGUGGUUGUGCUUCACCCAACGGUGCACAUUACAACUCCCCUGUGCCUCCGCCCCUUGGAUCUUGCAUUAACGCACUCCACUCCCCCUUAGCCAGCCCCAGCCCACUUGUUCCUCCCACUUCCACCCACGCCUCCAAAUAACUUAGCAGCGUGUCAGAUGCGCUCCAGAAAGGCCUCUGGACUUCAGUGACUUUGCACACAGAUCGAAUGUAAGGAACGCCGUGGGUGUACCUGAAGGGGACCUCGAGGUGGAUCUUGAGGGAGAGGACUCAGAUUUGUGCAGCUUCCCCAUGGAAACGGUCACCCCGGUGUCGUCCACACUGAACCAAAGCUGCCGCUUCAAUGAAGAAUUCAAAUACAUCCUUCUGCCCGUCUGUUAUUCGCUGGUUUUCGCAGCAGGCCUGGCGCUCAACGCAGCUGCUCUGUGGACCUUUGCCAAAAUGCGCCCGUGGAACGCCAGCGCAGUCUUCAUGUUCCACUUGGCACUGUCUGACUUCCUAUACGUGCUUUCACUCCCCACGCUCAUCUACUACUACGCAAACCGCAGCCACUGGCCCUUCGGCGUGGUGGCGUGCAAAAUCGUCCGCUUCCUGUUUUACGCUAACCUCUACUGUAGCAUUUUGUUGCUCACCUGUAUUAGCGUGCACCGCUACAUGGGUAUCUGCCACCCUAUCAAAGCACUGACCCUACUAAAAGCCCGUCACGCCCACCUAACGUGCGCCGCCGUGUGGAUGGUGGUAGCGGUGUGCCUAGUACCCAAGUUGGUGUUCGUCACCACAUCCAAGAGGGACAACGACACGUUGUGCCAUGACACCACUAGCCGCGACGCCUUCAGGCACUACGUGGACUACAGCUCGGCCGUAAUGGUACUUCUCUUCGGGCUUCCCUUCCUGGUCAUCGUGGUGUGCUACUGCCUGAUGGCACGGACCUUGCGCUCGUCCGCUAACCUAGCUUCGCGGGGGAAGUCCGUCAAGCUCAUUGCGGUGGUGCUGAUCGUCUUUGCAGUCAGUUUCGUGCCCUUUCACAUCACCAGGACCAUCUACUACACUGCCCGCGUCCUCAAGCUGGACUGCCAAACGCUUAACGUGGUCAACUUCACAUACAAGAUCACCAGGCCGCUAGCUAGCCUCAAUAGCUGCAUCGACCCAGUCUUGUACUUGUUGGCCGGGGACCGCUAUCGAGCCCAGAUGCUUUAUGCUCUGACUGGGAGGAGGCGGAACGAAGCUGGGCGAGUGCCCGACCGGGGCCCAGUUGACAAGAAUGCAAGUAUCGCACUGGUAUACAAGACCUUGGACGCUCAGGUCGACGGACAGGGGACAAAUUUGUAGGAAACUGAAGAAGAAAAAAAAACAUCCUUGUUUCAGGGUGUCCUCCAAAAAACUUGGUGGUAGAGGAGCCCACAAGUGGCCUCCCACAGUUUUUGAAAAAUAAAUAAAAAUGUUAAGUUGACAGGAAUUUUGAAAGUGAGACUACUAUGUGUUAUUAUAAGCCAUUUACUCAAAACCAGUCUUACAAAAAUGUCAAAAUAGUUUUAGCAAUUCUGCCCGACCAGACAAAUUCAAAGCACCACUAUAUUUUGUCAUUUUCUACCUCUUUGACCUUGUUGGCCUGCAUAUUUGAGUUGACUAGGAUAAUCUGUUAUGUAGUUAUUAAGUUCAAGCAAAAUUGCUUUUCUGACCACUGUGACCUUUGACAUCGUGAACCCAAAAUUUACCUCUUCCGUUUCAUAUUAGGAAUAUAUUCUUCAAAUGUGUUGUUAAUCCCUUUAUUUUUUUCAAUAGUUAACUUGAACAAAACCAAAGAGACAUACUAGAAAAUACAUUUCAUAAGAAAUUGCAUUUGGAGGAAUUGCUUUACAAUUUACAUCACUUCCUCAUUGGCAUUGACAACACUAUACGUCCCAUCCAUUUGGACAUCUAGCGCCAUCAAUGGCACAGAAAGAGCCAGUCCUCCCAAUUUAAAUGAAUUGGGAGUCUAUUUUCAUCAGUGGGAGGCAAUGAAUUAAUUGUGAGUCACUUCCUGUUAGGGUACUAAUGGGUGUACAUUAUCGGGCAUUACCGUGUCACUUCCUGUACAUUUUGGAUCAUUUCCUGUUGAUUUUAGAAAAAUUUCUAGGACGCUUUUAUUCGUUGGCCACUUUCUUUUGAUUUUGGGGCAUUUCUUGGUCUCUUCCUGUUGAUUUCAGUUUACUUCCUUUUUUGGGGGGCACUUACAGCUCACUUUCUGUUGAUUUUGGAGAAUUCCCUGGUCACUUCCUAUUCAAUUUGGGUCACUUGUAUGCCACCGUAUUGGCCCGAAUAUAAGACGGUGUUUUUUUGCAUUGAAAUAAGACUGAAAAAGUGGGGGUCGUCUUAUAUUGGCGGUCUAGGCAUUAUACCGAUUCACGACGCUAGAUGGCGCCCGAUAUCAUUGAAGCGAUGUUCUGUCAUGACAGAUCUCAGCUACUCAAGUUUAACCAGUUAACUUCCUGUUAGGGUACUAAUGGAUCACUGCCUGUACAUUUUGGAUCAUUUCCUGUUGAUUGUAGAAAAAAUUCUAGGAUGCUCUUAUUCGUUGGCCACUUCCUUUUGAUUUUGGGGCAUUUCUUGGUCUUUUCCUGUUGAUUUCGGUUUACUUUUUUGGGGGGCACUUACAACUCACUUUCUGUUGAUUUUGGCCCACAUUCUGAUAAUUUUGGAGAAUUCCCUGGUCACUUCCUAUAAAAUUUGGGUCACUCACUACCGUAUUGGCCCGAAUAUAAGACGUUGUUUUUUGUAUUGAAAUACGACUUUUGAAAUACGACUGAAAAAGUGGGCGUCAUCUUAUAUUCGCGGUCUAGACAUUAUACCCAUUCACGACGCUAGACGGCGCCAGAUAUCAUUGAAGUGAUGUUCAGUCAUGACAGAUCUCAGCUACUCAAGUUGAACCAGUCUGCAUUAUUUUAUUGCAAUGUUUUUCCUUAUUCAGAUUUGUUUCAAGACUACAGUUACAGUUAGACUUCACUUUGAUGGUUAAUGCAGUUAUUGCAAUUUUGUUGUUUUAUCAUUAUAGAUUGGUUUAUUUAUAUUUCAAAACCAGAAGCCAUUCAUUUACGAAUGUGAUUGCACUUUAGUUUACAUAUUUAAAUGUUCAGAUAUUAAGAUUUGAAUGAUGCAAAAAUAACAGGCUUU